AUGACGUACCUCGCCGUGGGGGGCUCCCGAGCAUGCACCGUCCUCGCCUCUGGCGCCACGCUCUGCUCGGGCACGGACGACAUUGGCACGGCGGUGAACGCCUCUGUCGCUGGUGCGCUACCAAGGGACCUCUUCGGGUAUGGCCUAGCCAUCGGCGACUCCCACGCAUGCGCGCUCCGCCGGCCCAACCACACCAUGGUGUGCUGGAGCCUCGGGGGGCCCACCACCACACUGUAUGAGCCGGCGCUCGGGAUCUCCUUCCAGUUCCUCAUCGCCGGCGGCAACUUCACGUGUGGCGUCGCGUCCAGCGACUACAACGUGUACUGCUGGUCCACGGGCGUCGAUGUCACGCCCGUGCCGCUGCCAAAGAUCCGCCCUGAUGUCUACGUCAGUGACGUCAGCGUCUGCCGCCGGGGACAUCAGCUCCUGUGA